ACGGGGGGUGGCGGGCGGGGAGGCCUCGAGGCGCACGCGGCCCGGCCGCCGCCGCCGCCGCGAUGGCCUUGGCUAAUUACAGCAGCCUGAACCGGGCGCAGCUCACCUUCGAGUACCUGCACACCAACUCAACCACCCAUGAGUUCUUGUUUGGUGCCCUUGCUGAACUUGUAGAUAAUGCCAGAGAUGCAGAUGCCACGAGAAUAGACAUUUAUCCUGAGCAACGGAAUGACCUACGAGGUGGAUUCAUGCUGUGUUUUUUGGAUGAUGGAGCUGGAAUGGAUUCAAAUGAAGCUGCCAGUGUUAUUCAGUUUGGGAAAUCAGCCAAGCGGUCACCUGAGUCAACUCAAAUUGGGCAGUAUGGGAAUGGCUUGAAAUCGGGUUCCAUGCGGAUUGGGAAGGAUUUUAUCCUGUUCACAAAGAAAGACAACACCAUGACUUGCCUCCUCUUGUCACGAACGUUCCAUGAGGAAGAAGGCAUCGAUGAGGUCAUUGUCCCCCUGCCCACCUGGAAUGCACGAAGCCAGGAGCCUGUGACUGACAACAUGGAGAAGUUUGCUAUUGAGACAGAGCUAAUUUACAAGUAUUCCCCUUUCAAGUCAGAACAGGAAGUGAUGGAGCAGUUUAAUAAGAUAUGUGGUGAGAAAGGCACCCUAGUGAUAAUCUUUAACCUCAAACUAAUGGAUAAUGGAGAGCCAGAGCUGGAUGUGACUUCUGACCCCCGAGACAUACAGAUGGCAGAAACAUCUCCAGAGGGAACAAAGCCUGAGCGCCGCUCCUUUCGUGCCUAUGCUGCUGUGCUUUAUAUUGAUCCCAGAAUGAGAAUCUUCAUAAAUGGACACAAAGUACAAACAAAACGACUUUCAUGCUGCCUGUACAAGCCCAGGAUGUACAAAUAUACUUCAAACCGUUUCAAGACUCGUGCAGAGCAAGAGGUGAAGAAAGCAGAGCAUGUGGCGAGGAUAGCGGAGGAGAAGGCUCGUGAGGCGGAAAGUAAAGCCCGUGCCCUUGAGCUGCGCCUAGGUGGGGACCUCACGCGGGAGUCCAGGGUGAUGCUACGCCAAGUCCAAAACUCAGCAAUAACCAUGCGCCGGGAGGCUGAUGUCAAGAAGAGGAUCAAGGAUGUGAAGCAGCGGGCACUGAAGGAACCCAAAGAGCUGAAUUUUGUCUUUGGUGUGAAUAUCGAGCAGCGCGAGUUGGAUGGCAUGUUCAUUUAUAACUGCAGUCGCCUGAUAAAGAUGUAUGAGAAGGUGGGCCCGCAGCUGGAUGGUGGCAUGGCAUGUGGUGGAGUGGUGGGUGUGGUGGAUGUGCCCUAUUUGGUUCUUGAGCCAACUCAUAAUAAACAAGACUUUGCUGAUGCCAAAGAGUAUCGAUACUUGCUGAAGGCCAUGGGGGAUCAUUUGGCUCAGUAUUGGAAGGAUGUUGCUAUAGCCCAGAGAGGUAUCAUCAAGUUCUGGGAUGAAUUUGGUUAUUUGUCAGCAAACUGGAACCAGCCUCCAUCUAAUGAACUGCGCUACAAGCGCCGGAGAGCCAUGGAGAUCCCUACCACGAUUCAGUGUGAUGUGUGCCUGAAAUGGCGAACACUCCCCUUCCAGCUGAGUUCGGUGGAGAAGAAUUACCCGGAUAGCUGGGUUUGCUCCAUGAACCCUGAUCCUGAACAAGACAGAUGUGAAGCUGCAGAGCAGAAGCAAAAGGUACCAUUGGGAACUCUGAAGAAAGACCUGAAAUCACUGGAAGAGAAACAGAAACAACUGGCUGAGAAAAUCCGCCAGGAGCAGGAAAAGCUGGAAGCUCUGCAGAAAACCACUCCAAUUCGAUCUCAAUCUGACUUAAAGAAACUGCCUCUGGAUGUGACCACACGGCCUGCAGGGGAGAACACCCAGUCACCAAUCCGACCUCAGCGCCCGCGAUCUCCUCCUUUACCUGAUGUAAUCAAGAAUGCUCCCAGCAGACCACCAUCUUCACCUCUGGCCAAGUCCACCAUGCAGCUGAAAAGGAGCUCUUCAGCUUGGUCAAAUAUCAGCACUCCCAAACUGGCAAGCAUGCUCUCCAGGGAGGAGGCCAGCACUUCCAGGACACACCAGCAUACUCUGACAGCUGGGAAGCCUAACAGCAAUUUAAAAACUCAUGCCAAACCAGGUACAACAGCGAAGCCACCUUCUGCUGCCCUGCAGAAUCCCAAAAGCUCACGUGAGGCACCCGGUCCCAAAGCUGCCAAGGUGCCAGCUCUAAAGAAAUCUGCCACUGUCAAAUGCCCACAGGCCUCCACCACUCGGAAGAGAAUCUUGAAUGCCUCAGAGUAUGAGUCUGAGGAGGAGCACAAGAAGGAGAAGACAAAACGGGGCAAAUUUGUGUCUGUGAAAGAAGAGAAGGAUUCCAGUGAGGUGGUGGUAGAGCUUACAGACAGUGCUGGAGAAGAGGAGCUGGCAGAACUGAAGAAAUCUCAGAAAGAUAAAGGGCUGCAUGUGGAAGUGCGUGUGAACAAGGAGUGGUUCACAGGCCGUGUCACAGCUGUGGAGAUGGGCAAGCAUGCAGUACGCUGGAAGGUGAAGUUUGAUUAUGUUCCUACAGACACCACACCAAGGGAUCGCUGGGUAGAGAAGGGCAGUGAGGAUGUGAGGUUGAUGAAGCCUCCCUCUCCCGAGUACCAAGCUCCAGAUACACAGCAGGAAGAGGAGGUCAUUGUGGCGGAACCUUCUACCUCAGACUGUGUCAGAAUUGAGCCAGACACCACCGGUCCCAGCAGUAGCCAUGAAACAGUAGACUUACUAGUCCAGAUCCUUCGAAAUUGUUUGCGGUACUUCUUACCUCCCAGUUUUCCUAUCUCCAAGAAGGAGCUGAGUUCCAUGAGCUCAGAAGGGUUGUUGGCGUUUCCCUUGAAAGAAUAUUUCAGACAGUAUGAGAUUGGUCUGCAGAACCUGUGCAAUUCAUAUCAGACACGCGCUGAUGCCCGGGCCAAAGCCUGUGAAGAAAACCUCCGCAACUCAGAGAGAAAGCUGAAGGAAACAGAGGAGAAACUGCAGAAGCUGAGGACUAACAUCGUGGCCCUUCUGCAGAAAGUGCAGGAGGACAUUGAUAUUAAUACAGAUGAUGAACUGGAUGCAUAUAUCGAGGACUUGAUUACAAAAGGAGAUUGAGAAGCCCAGUACAAGUCCUGGAGAAGUGCAGAGGAUCUGGUUGCUGCGAUGGAAUUCCUGCAGUGGAGGACUAUAGUAGCUGAUGAGGAGAGAGGGUUUUUAGACAGUACCUGUGUUGGUGUACAACUUGUGACUUGACACAAAAAAGACAUUUGUGCUGUUGGCAGGCAGGAUCUCUUCCUUUUGCCUAUAAAUAUUUAUUUUUAAAAGAAAUAGGAACUGUGCCUGAUCUGAUGGGAGGGUUGCUGUGUGGUUUUUAGCAGGGUAAAGGCAUGAGUACCCUUUUGCAUCUAGGGUAUAUUAAUAUGCUGUACAUGGAAGACCAGAGCAUCCUGCCUAGCAAAGCAAUUCAGAAUCUGUCAGCAACUUAAAAAUAACCCCUGGGUUAUGGAAAAGGAGGCCAGGACUUGGACUUCUGAGGUGCUGAACUUGGACUAGAGGAAGUCAGAUCAGUAACUUGAGCUACAUGGAGGAGGUCUAAGUACAGUCCCUGUGUGAACAUGAGUGGAAGGGAUAAAAUCCCAGUGGUUCUGAAGGGGUUAGGAGUAGGGGAUUAGCACUUGCCAGUGCCAUGAAAUUCCCAAAUAUGAGUUUUCCAUAAGCAGGUGGAAUUGUCACCGUGCUAAUAGUCAGAGGAUGAGGAGCCUUUUAUAAGAGGAUGGCCUCGUAAGCUGCUCACAGUGGGUUGUGAUCAUCAAAAGGAGAAGGCUGGAGUUCACAUUCUUUUCUAGCAGUCAGCUUAUUGCACACUUACUGCUGCUGUUUCUCUGAGAUGUAGUUGCAACGGUGGAAGGACUCCUCAACCAGGUGAAAAUAGUGACCCUCUAUUCUGUUGUCACUCCCUCAGGUCUGUGUUGCUUUGAUCAACUUGCUCUUCCAGGUAAUUUUAUUGGGAGUGCUGGAAUGUGGUGCUUGUGGAGGUCUGCACCACUAAGUCCCAUGUGGCUCUGGGUCAGCAGCCAGGGCAAUGCCUUUUCCUUGUUCUCCCAGCUGAAGGCUACACAACAGCUCCAAGCAGAUUAUGUGUGGUGACCAUGGUGACUCAGUUUGAGUUCACUGCCUGGCCAUCUGCUCAGCUUGGCCAGAGCAAGAAGUCCAUGACCUUGGUGCUCAGAAAACUGAAAUUCCUAGAACUUGGCAGUUUGAAGAAGGAGUGUGACCAAGUGGUGCCCACCUUCAGGAACAUCAAAUGAAAUGGACCAUCGUGGUUCUUUUGACAGCUGAAUGUGUAAUAGAUGUUUUGCAAUAAAAAAGUCCAAACUAAAUGUGCUGUGCAGAAAAUCUUAAGCACUCAUGGCUUAUAGUCCUGGAGAACUCUCAAGUUCUACAUACUACAGGAGAGAGAAGACUUUUGCUUAUUACUGGAAUUACAGGUCCUUGCAACAGCCUGCAGUGAGACUGACCAAUUCAGGAUCUGGCCUGGAUAUCCUAGUAUGGAUUAACGUCAGGAGAAUCCUCCCACCCCCCUACACCUUCUUGGACUAAGGGGCGGCAUUCCUUCAAUGCAGGAGCAAGCUCCACUGGUUGUCUUUAUUUCCUUGCACAUGCUGGAGGUUUUGUUCAUUGUGGCAUGCUGGUGCUUCAGGUGAAUGAUCCUUCUGUAGAAGCUGAGUUUAUAUUAAGGUGAAGGAAGAAAGCUCUUGUCCUCUGCAGGUGACCAGCAGAAAUUCUGCUUUAUAAGAUUAUAGGUUUAUAUUUUAAAUUCUGAUUUUAAUUCUCAUUUAAGAACCAGAUUUUAUUAAAAUACAGUUCAGUUGGUGCAAGCUUCAACCUGGAACACCCAGAGUAUACUGGUAUGGGACAAAGAACUCUUGCACAUUUCUUGAGCUUCCCAACACAGCUCCACCCCCAGCUUCUGCUCUCGGGUGUUAGUCGGGUUUUUUCCUCUGUUCUAUGGAAACUUCUCAUUCCUUUAUUAUUAUAAUUAUUAUUAUUAUGAAUUUAUUAUUUGUUAUUUUAUGGCAUUUCCAUUCUUUGCUUCUGUCCUGGGUAUUUAUGCUGAGUUACUUUUCUUCCCUGGGAUUCCUUCCACUGGUACACUUGAUGUGUCCUCUCCAAAGGUCCAUUUUGCAAGGAAAAACCAAGAGCUUCUUAAUACCAACUAAAAAAAAGUUGUUCAUUCUCAAAGUGUCUCUGGUGGCCCCCGCAGGAGCUUCUGGUGGAUUUUCUUUUGACUUUAUUAAAUAGACUUGUGUGUAACAUCAGAUUUUAGCAAUGCCUUAAAAGCACAUAGGAAUAAAAUGACCUCGGAGCUCAUUUAAAUAACCUGCUCCAAA